UAUUGAGCUUCGGGCCAAUAAGGAGUGAUGAACAAAAAAAAUAUUAAAACCCAAUAAUGCUUAAAAGAUGAAAGUCGGUGGUCCAAAAUUGAACCAAAGCCAUGUGGGCUGGGUUUGACAUAAGCCGAGUUGACGACUGCAUGCCCUUUUCGUAGUGUUAGGCUGCGGGGUGCAGGCCCAGGUGGGGCGCAGCAGGAAUGGGCAGUUGUUGGCAGGCCGUUGGGCAAAGCCCAAUUGCUUUUUCAGUUGCUACGGGCUGAGAGGAAACUGUCACGUUGAACCAAAAAUACCCUAGUAAUGCUUGUUGUGGUCACUAGGGAAGAAAACGGGCGCCGCCGCUUCACGCGGCCGUGUUUUGGGUCAGUGUCGGUUGGGGCGAAGCACGAGUUCAAACUGAAACCCUUGAUUUGGACGAAAAAAUUUCUUUGAACGUCGGGGUGUGAAAACCGUGGGAAUUCGAUUUGAAUCCCUCAAGGAAUCGACGAAAUUAUUCUGGAAUUUCCAAGAACAUUGUUGGAGAUGAUGAAAUCAAUUCCCAAAAACACUACUGCAGGUCGUGAUUUUCUAGAAAAGACGACGAUGUUGUGGCUCGGCUGUAGGCGAGGGUUUCUAUGUUUGGGGUUGACGCCAAAACGGCGUUGGGUUUCUGAGUUCUCAGGUGGAGCCAGCAGCUCCACUGCUCACGGGGUCGGCGGUGCGGCUUCGGACCGCUGCUCUUUAGUGUGAAAUUUAAGCCCAAAUAAAAUACGACCAACCAACGGGCGAAAAUAGUGAAGUGGUGCAUGGUAGUAAACCAAAACUUCGGUGUGGGCAGUUUCGACCGCGGCUACCGGAGUUCACUCCAGCAUUCAUUUUUCGAUUAGGUCACUCUGUGUGCAUUUCUCUCCAACCCUUCAAUGGCCGCGACGUACACCUCUUUAGGAACCCACAGACGACUCGCCGCCGUAACCUCCCAGCUAACCUCGCUUCGCCGCUUUUCUCUCACCGUUACUGAAAAACCAUUGCGGCUGCCUCUGGCGAUUAGAGGGAGGCGGAAGGGCAGGGCGGGAAUUUCCCUCAAGUGCAGUAAUGCGUAUGGCCCAGUGAUGGACGAGAGCGAGAGCGAUUGUGAGAACUACAAUUGCAUGGAGGACGAGCAGUUCGUGCGGUGGUUCCGGGAGGCUUGGCCGUAUUUAUGGGCCCACCGCGGCAGUACCUUCGUUGUGAUUAUAUCGGGUGAAAUUGUGUCCAAUAGCACUUACUUGGAAUCAAUUCUCAAGGAUAUAGCACUUCUUCAUCUCCUGGGGAUCAGGUUUGUUCUUGUUCCAGGACCCCAUGUGCAAAUUGAUGAACUUUUGGCACGAAGAGGAAAGGAGCCAAAGUUUGUUGGUCAGUACAGGGUAACUGACUCAGAUUCCCUAGAUGCUGCAAAGCAAGCGGCUGGGGCGAUAUCUAAGACAAUAGAGGCAAAGCUUUCUCCAGGACCCUCCAUGUGCAAUAUUCGUCGACACGGUGACAACAGUCGUUUGCAUGAGGUUGGUGUCAGCGUAGAGAGUGGUAACUUUCUUGCAGCCAAGAGACGAGGAGUCGUUGCUGGUGUUGAUUAUGGGGCAACAGGUGAAAUCAAGAAAGUUGAUGUUUCUCGCAUGCGUAAGAGGCUUGAUGAUGAUUGUAUUGUGAUAUUGAGCAACCUGGGUUAUUCCAGCUCUGGAGAAAUUUUAAAUUGCAACACUUAUGAAGUUGCAACAGCUUGUGCCUUGGCUAUCGAAGCAGAUAAACUUAUCUGCAUAAUAGAUGGUCCAAUUCUUGACGAGAGUAGACGCCUUAUUCGCUUCUUAACUCUUGAAGAAGCAGACAUGUUGAUUCGUAGGCGGGCUCAGCAAAGUGAGACAGCUGCUAGCUAUGUGAAAGCUGUCGAUGAAGAAAAUCUGUCUGGUUUUGGAUAUGAUGAUCAUAAUGCUACUCACCAGAAUGGGAGGGCUUUUAAGCAAAAUCAUACUGCAAGGUUUCACAACGGUGUUGGUUUUGAAAAUGGGAAUGGAUUGUGGACUGGUGAACAAGGUUUUGCUAUUGGAGGUCAUGAGCGGCUAAGUCGAUUAAACGGUUACCUUUCAGAAUUGGCUGCUGCGGCCUUUGUCUGCAGGGGAGGUGUUCAAAGAGUACAUCUGUUAGAUGGCACUAAAGGGGGCAUGUUGUUGUUGGAAUUGUAUAAAAGAGAUGGAUUGGGGACAAUGGUGGCUAGUGACCUGUAUGAAGGAACCCGGAUGGCUAGGGCAUCUGAUUUCUAUGCAAUAAGACAAAUUAUACAACCUUUAGAAGCAGCCAGCACAUUGGUUCCAAGAAGUGAUGAACAGCUACGUGAAGAAUUGGAUUGCUUCAUUGUGGUGGAAAGAGAAGGCCAAAUCAUUGCAUGUGCUGCUCUUUUCCCUUUCCCAGAGGAGAAAUGUGCAGAGGUUGCUGCUGUUGCAGUUUCUCCUGAUUGCCGCGGUCAAGGGCAGGGUGAUAAAUUACUUGAUUACAUUGAGAAGAAGGCAUCCUCUCUUGGAUUAGAAAAGCUGUUCGUGCUCACAACACGCACUGCAGACUGGUUUGUGAGGCGUGGUUUUUCACAAUGUUCAAUUGAAUCAAUACCAGAGAGGCGGCGGACAAAGAUCAUUCUGUCCCGUAAAUCCAAAUAUUAUACGAAGCACUUGUUACCAGACACUAGCGGAAUUACUGUUAACAGGGUGUUCACAUGAGGUUGAAAAUGCUGGCGGCAAAUCCUCUCCCCACCGGGUUUAGCUGCUGAAUCAUGGUCGAUACAACUUCAACAAUUUCAAUCUGGUUCCGGGAUCAUCUGAGGGGAAAAUUUAUCAUUGUGUUUGAGUUAUGAGUUUUUUAUCUAAACCGACGAUCUUUAUGUCACACUGAUGGAAUAACGAAUUUUCUUAAUAAAUGAUCGGCGAAAUUGAUUUUAUAUAAUAAAUCAAUAUUUGGAAGUGCUUGCCUGAA